GGCUUUUGGGUAACGGAUGAAAAAGAUUAAUGGUGGGAGUUUUUGCUGGAGUGAUAUUCCUUUAAGAGUUGUGCUCCCAUUCGCUGCGCUGUCCCUGAAACUUGGGAAGUCAGGCAACUAGAUUCCACUGUUUGGAUCCUGAAGGAAGUGACGGGACUGAAUGAGUGAACCCGCGGGGGUAAAGAAAACACUAAAGAGAAAAACAGAAACGAAAUAUCAAAGGCAACGUGUGCUACAAAGUCGUGCAAGGGAGAGAAAGAAAUCCGCAAGCCAUGAUGAGAAUUCGUCCUCGCUAGUUAAGAGAACGUAGUCCCUGUAAACAAGGGGCGACAAGAGUAAAAAACUGAGGUUGCAGACCUACAACAAACACAAUACUGGUGAAGAGGUUUUUUUCGGGGAAUUGAAUCGUUCCUGUUAACAGCAUGAUACCUGUUUCGCAUUGCCUUAAAAUAAUGGGAGACUUGCAAUCACUCGGACUCUGCUUUCGCAUGGAUUUAUAGGCACAAUUCUUAAACUUUACCAAGCGAAACAACCUCAUGUAAAUUAGCUAUCAGUGUCCUGUAGUGUAGUUUGGGAACCGUUGACUCUUUCAUACACGAGUUUUCUUCUUCUGAAUUCGGGUACUUUAAGUUUUUGCGUUUUUUUCUGGAAUGUUUGCGAGGUGGCUUUUACCGGUUUCAGUUCGGAAUAAUGGAGUUCUUGUGACGCUCAUACUUUUGAUAUCGUUCAGCGUUUGUUCAGAACUGAAGGUGCGAGUUCGUUUAGCCGAUGGACAGAUAACCGAGGAGACCCUGGAAGCAGAUAGCGAGAGAGAUUCCAUCACAGUGGAGUUCAAACAAGGGGAUGGCACGCUCAUCACUUUCGUAGCUGAUUUUAAGCAGGAUGUGAAGAUAUUCCGUGCGCUGGUCCUAGGGGAGCUGGAGAGGGGGCAGAGCCAGUACCAGGCGCUGUGCUUCAUCGCACGCCUCAGUCACAAUGAGAUCAUCCCCAGCGAAUCAAUGGCCCGCCUGCGUCAGAAAAACCCGCGCGCGGUCCGGUCUGCGGAGGAGAGGCGGGGCGUGGAGCAGCUGACCAUGAGCGCGGCGGUCAACCUGAGCCGGGCGUGGCAGCUCAGCGCCCACAUCCACAACGUGUGCGGCGAGGCCCGCGAGUCCAUUUACGCCCGCGAAGCCGACGUCAAGCACUGGCUGGAACAGGGCGCGGAGGGCUCCGUGUUCGAGGCCCUGCCCCCGGCGGCGGGCGUGCCGGAGCUGCAGCCGUGCCGCGCGGUGCGGGACCUGUGGCAGCCGUGCGCCUGCAGCUACGGCCUGCGGCUGGAGUGGUACCCCUGCCUGCUCAAGUACUGCCGCAGCCGCGAGCCGGCCGGCAAGAGCAGCCCCUACAAGUGCGGCAUCAAGAGCUGCAGCAAGGGCUACCGCUUCGAUUACUACGUGCCCCGCCGCCAGCUGUGCCUGUGGGACGAGGAGACCUAACGGCACCGCCCCCCCCCCUCCCACCCCAACACGCGCUGUGAGCAGCGGGCAUGGG